AUGGUUCGAUCUUCCUCUCGCCGCCUCUCUGGUCAAUCUACCCGAGCUUCCACUCCAGUCAAUGCACGCCGAUCUGUCCGACAAGAGGAACAGAGAAACAGCGAGUCCAUCCCUUCGUGCCAGCCCACCCCUAGUCAGAAAUUUCGGCCCCGCAAGCGAGUCUCUAGCACCUCGUCUAUUGCUCGCAAGCAAGGAUCCACGUCAGCUUUGAUACCGCAGAAAUCACGAAGGAAGUCAAAAAAAUCAGCAAUUGACGACUCCGAACCCGAUGAGACCUUACCUUUACUGGACCUCGCUCGAGACUCAGACGAAGACAAUUCUAAGGUUACUAAACGCACAAAAAAAAACCGAGCAGCUAAUUUGACUGAGUUUGACGACAUCAAUAUCUAUUUCAAACUUCCAACAUAUGGGGAGGGUGAAGUAAGUCUUCUCUGA